UACUAAACAACAAUUGAACUACAGAGUAUUCAUUAUCCACUUCAAUCUCGAUAGCUAAUGUUUUAAUUUGCAGCAUUCGUUUUCUAUUGAAUAAUAAUCACUCCUCAAUUGCAUAACAUGAUACAGUUUUGUUUUAAUUUGUUACAUUAGUUGUACUAGUGGCUGUGACAGGUCCGAUUUACAAUCCCAAUGUGAUCGGUUACAGUUGAUUAGAAAUGGGUAGAGAAUCGUUUGUUACCCUUGCAACAAAUGAUGAAUACUGUGUGGGUGCACUUGUUUUAGCAGCAUCCCUAAAACAAUCAGAAACGUCUAAAGAGCUUACCAUUCUUGUAACCCCUGGUCUCUCAUCACAGAUGAGACAACUGCUCUGCAGCACUUAUGAUAAUGUAAUCGAAGUACAACCAGUUAUAACCAAAGGCUGGAGUCUGCCUGUUAUUGGUGGUAGAACAGAGCUCAUUGAAACAUUCACAAAAAUUCAGGUUUGGAGUCUUACUCAGUUUACCAAAGUUGUAUUUAUGGAUGCUGAUACUCUGGUUUUGCAGAACGUUGAUGAAUUGUUCAACAGAUCUGGGUUUACUGCUGCACCUGAUCCUCUGUGGCCAGACUGUUUUAAUUCUGGUGUCUUUAUAUUAGAGCCUUCUAUGGACACGUACAACGGUCUUCUACGAAUGUUGUUUGACUCUGGGAGUUUUGAUGGAAGAGAACAAGGUUUACUGAACACAUAUUUUUCCAACUGGUUAGAAGGAGAUAUAUCACACAGACUACCUUGUAUAUACAACUGUAUUUGUCGUAUAUCAGAUGACACAAGUUUUGAAUUCUAUACAAGUAGAUCCGCUUGGGUUCAGUUUGGCGGAUCUGUUCGAGUUGUGCAUUUUGCUGGUCCAAUCAAACCUUGGCAUAAAACAUCCGCGGCCAAAACAUGUAGUCAAGCUGCUUUUCGUACAUUCUUUAAUACUGAUAAAAAUAGACGAUCAAUAUGUCGUGUAGCUGGUAUGCUGGCCUACUGGUGGUCAUUAUUUCUAAUUCUUGUACGACCACAACUUUAUCCUGAUAUGCUGGCUUCGCAAGUGUUCACAGACCUAAUUGGGACUUUUUAAUUCAUCAAACCUGAUUGGUACGCAUUAUGAAUUCUUAGGUUGGAUAGUGGCUAUGACAAGGGACAUCCGCUUGUCUACUAUAAGCUAUUUGGCUGUUUUGAUACUGCAUUUGCAAUACAGAGACUUUUUGUGUAGAACACUGAAUGAAAGUUCAACACGAACUCAUGAGGAAUUCUUGUGAAUUGGAAGUUAUUCAUUAAUGGAUCAUUUGUGCUGGAU